AUGAAAAUCCUGAACUUUCUUACUUUACUGCUUUGGCACUUUAGGUGGUUUUACCCUGUUCUCAUUUCCUUAGUACUGAGUCCUGCUGAAGCGAGUCACGGUAAUCCAGGAUCCAAAUUAGGAUUGUCAAAAGUAGAUGGAAAAGAGAGGAAUCCCUUGCCAAGGGCAGGUACCUUUAGAACGGGAAGCCAUGGAUAUAGUGCUGGGAAUUCAAAGUCUAGGACGAAAAGUAAUACUGCUCAAGCUGGAGCUCUCUUGGCAAAGGUUGAUGACUCAAAGAAGACUCUCUCUAAGCCAGGGAGCACAGACAAAAAGGUAGGACAUUCUUCAAAUAGACAAUCAGGAAUAAGGACUGUGACCCCAAAGGUUCAGAACUUUGGCCUCAAGGCCCCACUGAAGAAAACUGGCACUGGGAAUUCAGAUGUCAGCGCCUACAAAACCAAAAAGACUAAAGAACCUAUUGCCCAAAGGGAGUCUAAAGAGGCAUUCAGACAUCCUGCCAUCACGCCACAUGAAUACAUGCUCUCCUUAUACAGGACACUUUCUGAUGCCGAGCGGAAAGGUGUUAAUGGAAGUGUAAAAUUGGAGACGGGACUGGCCAACACAAUUACAAGCUUCAUAGACAAGGGGCAAGAUGAUCGAGCUCCAGCUGUUAAAAAGCAGAAAUAUAUUUUUGAUAUCAGUGCAUUAGAAAAAGAUGGCUUACUAGGGGCAGAACUGCGUAUUUUAAGGAAAAAACCUUCUGACACCUGGAAGCCUCAUUCUCAUGGGAAAACAUGUCAAGUGAAACUAUUCAGUUGCUCCACAAGCAGGCAAGCAUCCAUUCUCUUGGAUUCUCGGACAGUCAACUUCUUAGAUACAGCAAAAUGGGAGGUGUUUGACAUUUGGAAACUUUUUAGGAAUUUUAAAAACUCUGCUAACUUGUGUUUCGAACUGGAGGCUUUUGAAAGGGGGAGGCCUGUUGAUUUAAGGACUGUGGGAUUCAAUAGAACAGGGAGGCAAGUCAAUGAAAAGGCUCUCUUCUUAGUAUUUGGUAGGACAAAGAAAAGGGACUUGUUCUUCAAUGAAAUAAAAGCCAGAUCUGGCCAGGAUGACAAAACUGUUUAUGAAUACCUAUUCAAUCAAAGGAGGAAGAGAAGGGCUCCUCUAGCAACUCGACAAGGAAAGAGGCCCAACAAGAACCUCAAGGCAAGGUGUAGCAAAAAAGCACUCCAUGUGAAUUUUAAGGAUAUGGGCUGGGACGACUGGAUAAUAGCCCCUCUUGAGUAUGAAGCUUAUCAUUGUGAAGGACUUUGUGAAUUUCCUCUUCGGUCUCAUCUGGAACCUACCAAUCAUGCUGUUAUCCAAACGUUAAUGAAUUCGAUGGAUCCAGAGUCCACACCUCCAACUUGUUGUGUUCCAACCAGGCUGAGUCCUAUUAGCAUUCUGUUCAUCGACUCUGCUAAUAAUGUAGUCUACAAACAAUAUGAAGACAUGGUCGUGGAGUCAUGUGGCUGUAGGUAG